AUGCACGACCUUCGUUAUUCUGGAACUUUGCACGAUGAGUCCGAAUCAGCCAGCUUCGAUGCAGGCGCUCAAAGCCACUUUAGUUCACAUCUCGAGCCAGUAAUUUCCAAACUGGCAAGUAUCCAUGCACCUCCAGAAUUCGAAGUUUACUGGGACUUUGAAGACCCCGAAAAUCCUCGCCUUUGGCCACUUUGGUACAAAGGCCUCACUGUCGCUGCAAUGAGUCUUGGUGCUACAGUGGUGAGUCUCUCCAGCACACUCUACACAUCUGGGAUUCCAGGACUCCAAGAAGAUUUCCACAUUUCGAAGAUCGUGGCCCUCCUUGGUGUCACGACAUAUCUUCUAGGAAUGGGGAUAGGCAGCAUUAUCUUUGCUCCACUCAGUGAACUUGUCGGACGGCGACCAGUUUAUAUUAUCUCAAUGAUAAUAUUUUUGUUGCUAUUGCUGCCGAGUGCUUUAGCCCAAAAUAUCGAGUCAAUCCUCGUGAGCAGAUUCUUUGGGGGAUUCUUUGGGAGUGCAUUGAUGUCAAAUUCGCCUGCAUCUGUGAAUGACAUCGUCUCGGAUAAGCACCGGGCUUUAGCAUUCGGCUUCUGGUCUAUCGGACCCACCAAUGGCCCUGUAUAUGGCCCAAUCAUAGGAGGGUUCGUGUUCCAAUAUCUCGGCUGGAGGUGGACAAAUUGGAUUGUUCUCAUCAUUGGGGGUGUGGUCCUGGUCUUGAUAUCCUCUGUUAAGGAAACAUACGCCCCCGUGAUUUUGAAAAGACGUGCUGCUAGAAAACGAACAGAGACACAGAACUCAAAGUGGUGGACACGCUAUGACGAUAGCGUCAGUUUUACAUCUUCACUGAAAAUCAGUCUCAAGAGACCUUUUGUGAUGCUCCUUACAGAACCAAUAUGUAUGUUUUGGGACGGUUACGUCGCGAUUGUCUAUGGAAUCCUUUACCUAUGUUUCGUCGCAUACCCAAUCGCUUUCCAACAAGAACGUGGGUGGUCGCCAGGUUAUGGUGGUCUUUCGUUCGUGGGUAUUGGUGUUGGUGUAUUGAUUGCCAUUGCAUGCGAACCUCUGUUUCGUAAAGUGAUCAAUCUUCACCGCAAGGAUCCAGAAACCGGAAUGGUACAGCCAGAAGCUAUGGUCAGCAUCGUUUUCUUUGGUGCUACUCUUCUAGCCAUUGGCCAGUUAUGGUUUUCCUGGACUUGUACUCCAAAUUUCCACUGGGUUGUGCCCAUUUUAGCUGGUGUUCCAUUUGGAGUGGGCAAUGCAUGCGUCUUUAUUUACGCCUCGAAUUACGUUGCCCGUUCCUAUGGAAUCUACGCCGCAUCUGCUCUUGCAGGGAAUAUGUUCACUCGCAGUGUCAUGGGAGCCUUCCUCCCGCUUGCAGGCCCAUCAAUGUAUGGGGUUCUAGGCUUGAAUUGGGCAAGUACAAUUCUAGGAAUCGUCGAGGGAGUAUGCAUCUUGAUACCCGUUGUCUUCUACUUUUACGGACACAGAAUUCGUAAGGCGAGUCCCUUUAUCAAAGAGGUAGAGAAACUGCAGGCAGCUUGA